GCCCCGGGCAGCCAUGAUGGCGGACGGGGCCGUCUCUAUGGUAGGGCCCCCGGGCGCUCCGCCUGCUGGGCGCUGGGCGGGAUGAUGGCGGCGGCGUAGGGCCGGGCCGCGCUGCGGGAGGAGGCCGCGCUGUGAGAGGGGCUCUGAGGGGCUGUGAGGGGCCGGGAGGGCUCUGGAGCAUCCUAACAUCGGGUCACUAAAAUGACGACAGCAGCAAGGCCCACGUUUGAACCUGCGAGAGGAGGAAGAGGAAAAGGCGAAGGAGACUUAAGCCAGCUAUCCAAACAGUAUUCCAGCAGAGACCUUCCAUCUCAUACUAAAAUCAAAUACAGACAGACCACUCAGGAUGCUCCUGAAGAGGUGCGUAACCGUGAUUUCAGGAGGGAGCUGGAGGAGCGAGAACGGGUUGCCGCAAGAGAAAAGAAUAGAGACAGACCGACGAGAGAGCACACGACAUCAUCUUCUGUGUCCAAGAAGCCUCGACUAGACCAGAUUCCUGCAGCAAAUCUUGACGCGGACGAUCCUCUUACUGAUGAGGAUGAUGAAGAUGAGGACUUGGAAGACAGUGAUGAUGAUGACACUGCAGCUCUUCUGGCUGAACUGGAAAAAAUUAAGAAGGAGCGAGCUGAGGAGCAGGCUCGAAAGGAGCAAGAGCAAAAGGCUGAAGAAGAACGAAUUCGAAUGGAGAACAUCCUAAGUGGCAACCCGCUGCUGAACCUCACCGGCCCAGCACAGCCUCAGGCAAACUUCAAAGUGAAGAGGAGAUGGGAUGAUGAUGUUGUCUUCAAGAAUUGUGCCAAGGGGAUAGAUGAAACAAAAAAGGACAAAAGAUUCGUCAAUGAUACUCUGCGAUCAGAAUUUCACAAAAAGUUCAUGGAAAAAUACAUCAAGUAGUACAGUUUUAUGUGCUUUGGUGCUGAAGGACUUGGCAAGUCAUGGUUGUUCCCAUUCCCCCCCCCCCCCCCGCCCCGUCUCUCUCUGAAUUCAAGGCUGAACAUUUGGUCAUGAAUUCCCAAAUGCUUCUCCAAGAUUGUCGACAGCUUCAUAGUUAAUAAUUGCUAUGUAUCUGGAGUUUUUAUUCCUUCAGUAUGCUUUCCUUUUCAGUUUUAAUUAAACCAGUUUGUGUUUCAUGAA